AUGGAGAACGACAAUCUGACCCUGGUAGCUGGCUCUAUCGACUCGCACAGACGAUCUCACUAUGACCUGGUAUCUAAUUUGAUGCGAAACCAUCCACUCGCUGUCGAGAACGACGAUCUGAAACCCGGUGAGUAUCCGCCCACGAAGUCUACAAUCCCUCGUUCUCGGUCAAACGACCGUGCGUUCUCCAAAUAG